AAGGCAGCUUACCGGAUCUGAAGUUAAUAUAUCCAGGAUUUCAACAAGAAUACACAAAGCUCACGGCGGGUACUACCGGUCGACAGAUGAAGUGUACUCCCCGAAGGCAGUCUAAGCUCAACUGAUAGGUAAAAGUGAAAUAUGGCUGAGGGUGGCAUUGGUUUAUCCGCAGUUUUGUGUGAACUCUGUGAAAACGAACCGGCACAGUCCUUCUGUCGUACUUGCAGUGGAAAUCUGUGUGAUAAGUGCACUACAGAACACAAAAGUAAGAAGAUUUUCUACCGCCACGAUGUUGUCAAAAUGACGCUGACAAGACAAAUAGAAAAAGAUGGAUAUGAGUAUUGCAUCGAGCAUCCAGAGAGCAAAUAUGAAUUGUGUUGUCAUGAAUGUACCACGCCAGUGUGUACAAAAUGCAUAGCUGGACUUCACAAUGGUCACAAAGUGACUGAUAUUUCUAGUGCUUACAUUGAGGCUAAAGGCAAAAUAACAUCAAGAGUAGAAAGAAUGGAAACAUCUCACUAUGCAAAGCACAGGGAACAGCUAGAUGAUCUUGACAAUAUUUUAAGUGACAUUAACAAACAGACAAACGACGUUGAACAAGCUGUUUUAAGCCGAUCAAAAGAACUUGCAGACCUUGUUCAUGGAAUUGAGAAAGAGGUUUUACAGAAAAUAUCUAAGGAGAAAGAAGAUGCCAUCAAAUUUAUCAUAUCUUAUAAAGAAGACGUUACGGAACAUCUCUCUUCUUUACGAAAGCUCCAGAAUACGUUGUUACAAGAUAGAGACUCCAAAUGUAUGACAGACCUGAUUUUGUACACGAGGAACAAUCUCGAGGUUUCCAGUGAUGAUAAAGAAUUUCUGAAAUUGUAUUUCAAACCAGCUGUAAUCAAUGUUACAAAGCAAUUCCCGGAUGAAUUAAGACAUUUGUUUGGCUUGUACCUUCCUUCUACGAUGGUAGUACAGGGAAGAAAACAAAUCAUAAAGUCAGCAAAAGAAGUAGCAAGAUUUAAAUCUGCAGUUAAGCAGCCAAUGGGUUUAGCCUGUUCUAGAUUACAUGACCUCACUUGGAUUCGUGGAAAUGAAGCUGAAAUAAAGAAAGUGGACAUACAAGGUAAUGAAAAGGCUACUGUCAAGACUCUCACAAAACUAGGGCGCCCCUCAGGUCUUAUCGAGUUAGACGACGGGCGUAUCUUUUUCAGUGAUAUUGAAAAUAAAACGGUGAAAAUGUUAUCCAAAGAUUUGCAGGAAAAAGCAGCCAUAAAAUUUGAUUGGUAUCCGAUGGGACUGUGCAUCAGUCAAAGCUGUCACCUUCUCGUUUGCGUUGCUUUUCUACCAUGGCAAGCCACAGACGCUUCUGACCGUGGAAAGGUUUUGCGAAUGACCUACGAGGGUGUAACACUGCAGGAAAUAAUGAAAGAGGGCGACGAAAAACACUUGUAUAGCAGACCUAUUUGUAUUUCCACAAAUAUCAACCAAGAUAUUUGUGUAUCAGAUGUCAACAAACAUUCUAUUGUCGUUGUUGAUAGAACUGGCCUCUUUAGAUUUGCCUACAGUGGUGGGGGCUUUUAUGAGAAUAGAGAAGAUUUUAAACCUACGGAACUAGAUAACGACAGUAUAGGGAACAUUGCUGCUUCGGACUUAAGAAACAAUUUGGUUCAUUUACUGGACAUUGAUGGUAAUCUUUUAAAGUAUGUGCUAACCACAAUGGACGGUAUAUCUGAGCCAAGGGGUUUAAAAGUUGACAACGAAGACAGAAUUUGGAUAACAGAAAUGGAAACUGGAUACGUGAAAAUAUUCGAAUACUUGAAUUAGCUUCAUUUUUUACCGGGCAUUGGUGAAAGCAAUGUCGUGGCUGUAGGCAUCACGAUCGCCUUUCUUACUAUAAAUAGCUCCAUAGAAAAACCAAACAGCAUCAAAGCAGA